GCCUCGCCUCACUUCCGGGCGUGCCUCACUUCCGGCUUCUCCGGCGCGGCGCCUGCGGGGAGCGGCGGACACUGACUCAUGAGGAAGGCACCGCUCUAGGCGCCCGUCAUGGCAGCUCCGUGGAAGAGCGCCCUUCUGCUGCUUCUAGCAUCUCAGGCUGCCUCCUGGGUGGGUGCCUUCGACGCGGACGAAGUUCCGGAAGAGUGGGUCCUCCUGCACGUGGUUCAGGGCCAGAUAGGAGCUGGGAAUUACAGUUAUUUGAGGUUAAACCAUGAAGGAAAGAUAGUGCUUAAGAUGCAGAGCUUAAAAGGGGACGCGGACCUGUACGUAUCUGACACCACCCUCCAUCCGAGCUUUGACGACUAUGAGUUACAGUCUGUCACGUGUGGCCAGGACGUGGUUUUCAUUCCAGCGCAUUUCCAGCGCCCCGUGGGAAUAGGGAUCUACGGACACCCGUCCCACCACGAGAGCGAGUUUGAAAUGAAAGUGUAUUAUGAUGCAACGAUCGAACAGCAUCCGUUUGGCGAGACUGCUUUUUCAGAUGGUACAGAUGUGAGUCGUAAGCACGCUUAUUCUCCAGAAGACGCAUCUCAAGAAGACGAAUCUGUUCUUUGGACGAUACUGAUUAGUAUUUUAAAAUUGGUACUUGAAAUUCUCUUUUGAUAGAUUGAACAUACUCUGGAGUACAAUAUGCUUAAUCUGUGAAGCUGAUUGCAGUUCGCUGUGAACUUAGCUACUUUUACCUGGUUGGAAUUCUGGUUACCUUUUCUAGUUGAGGGAUGGAAAAAUAAAGCCAUAGUUUUUUUACCUCAGUCACCCCAAAAGUAGGAAAAGCAGCAGGCAUAUUUGUUAUCUUAAAGGUCAAAAUUCCUGUAAAAGGAAUAUGCACAAUAAACUGUCUAAACCCCAUUUUGAUUAGUCUGUCAGGUGACUACUAGAUUACUGCAGUGACUUAGACUUUUAGUCCAGUUAGAGAUUCUAAAAGAAGUCACAGUGCUUCCAAGAGUUACCAAAAGCAAGUUACCAAAAGCAAGUCUGAAGUGCAGGGACUAAAGUCCCGCCCUGCACCCCAAAUAGGGACAGCACCUCCUAGCCUAACAGCAUUUCCUGGUAGGCAGGUUCCAGUGCUAGGUAAUGACAGUUCUAAACCCAGCUGCACCAGAUCUCAUCAGCUCCUUGGCAGUUUUACCAUCUUGGGUUCCUAUUAAAAUUCUUCCGUUAUUAAUUAACUUUGCUGUGCUAUCCAUGGUGGACCAGAAAGGAUAUAGAUUAGGAAAAUUUCAUGAAAUGAAUAGCAACUUUGAGGCUAAUGAACAAAUAGUUAAGUAUUUCAAAUUAAGCUGCCUAAUACCAAGACUGAAUUUAUGGAGGGAGCCAAAGUAGAAAGAAAGAAAGACUUUUUGGAAGAUGGAACCAUCUCUCUCUCUACCUGAAACUGGUUUCAGGAAUUAGUUUGUAGAAAUAAAUCAACUUGCAGAUUUUAAGCACACAGUUAAUUUCAAAGAAAAAUCUUUUAUUGGCAUAAAAAUGAGAAUGUUGUAAAUAAACUGGCACCAGGUAUUUCAUUUAAAUGCGUGUUACAGAACUGGGGUCAAAAAACUACCCCUCUUUGCUGUUUUUCCCCCUUCUGCCCACUUUCCUGGGUGUUGGGGGGGCUCGCUGACAACAGUCACAAAUCCAGCGACCUAGGAAGAAAAUUGUUAGUUAAUACAGAAUGAAUUUCACUUUUUAGGACUAACUUUUAAACCCAUUUAGCUCCUUCCUUUAGCCUUGGCUGCUGACAGUAAUCCUCAGGGGACGUGUGGUGGGACAGGCACUAAUGAGCUCGUUAAUUUAAGGAGAAAAAUGUCAACUCCCUCUGAGAUAAUCCAUGUCUUCAGGCCCCGGGAAGUGCACGGGGUAGGGGCGGGGGGCCAUGGGAGGAAGGAAGGAAUGACAGGGGCCUUUAAAAACUUACUAUAACCCUUUCUGAAACUUAAACGCUAUCAUACGCUAAAAAGUUUGAUCAUACAAACCCUAACAUCAACCCUGACCCUGAGUUUGGCUUAUUUUCAAGCCUCUGCUGCUGCUCAGUGGCAGCUGUGUGUCUGCAGCCUCCUGGCAAGUCCUGGUGUACGAUGCUGACACAGCACUUUAAAUGUGGUCACGGUGCUGUAAUGCAGCGGGCAACACCCUCCAUCAGAACUGCUACAGGACUCUGAAUAGUUCCUAAGCUGUUUGCAUCUCAGUGACUCCCAGGAAACCUAGUUCUAGGCAUACAUUUUAUAAAGUAUUAGGCAGUGUAAACUAUGCAAAUAAGUUCUAAAAUUACACAAUUGUGUGUGUAAUGUUCAGUCCAAUUACUGUGGUUUAUUCUUUGAUUCUGUGUUCAUUCUGAAGUUAGGCUGCCUCAAUCUAUAGAAAUCUGGUUGAAUAUGUUUAAAGGUAUAGUCAUUUUUGUUAAGUCUCUAAGUGACAUGUAAAAAUAAAAUCAAGGCUUUGAAACAAA